GGGGCCGCCCCGUCUGCCGCCUUUCCGUGGCGGAAGUGGCCCUUGGGCGCGCGAGCGUUUCCGGGGCAGCGUCCUCACCGUCACGCUCGGCGUCUGCGUCGUGAUCACCAUCAUCAUGACAACGCUCCGCGCCUUCACCUGCGACGACCUCUUCCGAUUCAACAACAUCAAUCUAGAUCCGCUGACCGAGACCUACGGGAUUCCCUUCUACUUGCAGUACCUCGCCCACUGGCCCGAGUAUUUCAUCGUCGCCGAGGCUCCCGGCGGGGAGCUGAUGGGUUACAUCAUGGGCAAAGCCGAAGGCUCUGUGGCUAGAGAAGAAUGGCAUGGACACGUUACUGCUCUCUCUGUUGCACCAGAAUUUCGACGUCUGGGUUUGGCUGCUAAAUUGAUGGAGCUCCUGGAAGAAAUUUCAGAAAAAAAGGGUGGAUUUUUUGUCGAUCUCUUUGUGAGAGUAUCAAAUCAGGUUGCUGUAAAUAUGUAUAAGCAACUAGGCUACAGUGUGUACCGGACAGUCUUAGAGUACUACUCAGCUAGCAGUGGGGAACCAGAUGAAGAUGCUUAUGAUAUGAGAAAAGCUCUUUCCAGAGAUACAGAGAAGAAAUCAGUUAUACCUCUACCUCAUCCUGUGAGACCAGAAGACAUUGAGUAACUUUAAGCUGUUGUUCUCAUGCAAUUUACCAAGGGUCAGGUUCCAUCUUCUGUAACGCCCAACAACUUACGCAUAGGAAGUUUUAGGCCAAAUGUUUUUCCCAUAAAAUACUUAAAAGCAAUGUUGAGAAGCUGACUAAGGCUGCUUCUUUUGGUAAUGCCUGUAUACUGCCACACUUACCCAGUUUUUCCUUUCACAUGUUGGAGAGUUGGAGACUAUUAAAAUGGAAUUACUCCCUGUA